AACCUUCUCUUCGGCAAAUGGUGGCUGAGCAUUUGGGCUGUUUCAAAAAUGUCCAUGAUCACAUCCGUACAUGUUUGCAAAGAUAAGCUUUCGGUCUAAUGGGGAGUUCGUGGCAGUUAGCUUCCCGCGGAUUGCUUUUCCGUUCUGUCGUUUCUCCGAGAAUUCUGGCCAGCAGCAUUACUUGCUUCCUCACCAAAUGUUCCCUCCCAAUCAGGAUGUCAGCCAAGAACAUCUUACCUAUCAAACUGAGAAGCCCCCGAGGCCGGCGAGGCUCCCAACGGUUGCGUGCCUCACUAUUCAGUGGCCGGCUGGUGACUGGCUGGAUUGGAAACAAAAAAGAAACCUCUGAAGAAGCAAGCGGCUUACCUAACGGGCUAAUCACCAGCUUCAACACACCUCCAUCUUCUAGAACCCACCAAGCCACGACUAUGCAAGGAGUAUGCGGUGAUCCAAUCGGACACACACAUUGGUUGCGAUAGCUGUGGUUGGUUGGGCAAGAAACCUUCCACAUACCUCUAUAAAGAAAAGGCCUUUUACAUCUUAUACUAGAAAGGCCAGCCAAUAACCGUCCAUGUCCGCUCUCUUACGUCCGUCUUUGCUCGGUAUUCAA